AUGGAUUUUCUGGACCUACCGCCCGACGACACGGAGCCGCACACUAUUACGGAGGAGGACAGUGUGCGUGCAUCGCUGUCAAAGGCACUGAACAGAACACCAACUAUCCCUGAAAACGCGGACCCAGAUGAGCAAACAGCCACAAAGGAAUAUGUGCAGCCGGAGUCUGUCUCCUCAAGGAGAGGCACGAUAACCGGCUCGCUGCCUCAAACGAUCGAUAAGAAACGCAAAGACAACAUGAACGAGAAAAUAUACGAGCUCUACGAGUCAAUUCCGAGCGACUUGUUUGUGGACAGUAAAGACAAGUCGUCAGGCACGAAAGAUGGCAAGCCAAACAAGGGCCAGAUCUUAAGCAAGGCUGUGGAGUAUAUCAGCAAACUCCAGGCCGACAUUGACGAAAAAAAUAGAAAGGAGGUCGAGCUGAGCAUACGGUUGCGCAAUUUGGAAAUUGCACAGAACGUUCCGGCCUCGCAGCGGUUCAAUCUGCUCCACACGAGCGCAGAACUUGGGUUGGCGAAGAUCGGCGUUGGUCCGCUGGCACAGGAGUCCUCUGAGUCCCCUAAACCAUGA